AAAACGUGUCUGCUUUUCACUCAUCGUCCUUCAUACCGUUAUCAUUGUUCCAAACACAGCCUUAAGAUUAAGCUCCUUAGCACCGCAAUUUGCUACCAAAUUACCACCAUUGUCUCUCUCCUCUGACUCUUCAUUCUCCUGCUUCAAGCUAUGUCUUACGGUAGAUACAAUCCUCAAUCUCCGUCUCAAUCGUACGCUCCCUCUGCACCUGAGUUACCGGCGUAUUCCUCCCCUCCGCCGCACUCCGCCGCUUACACCCAAUCUCCAUCUCACGCUCCACCGCAUUCAAGCUACAAUUCUAGUCAUGGUUACGGACAAGCUCCACCAUCGUCAUCUGGUUAUCCUCCUUCUUCUUCUGGUGGUGGGUAUUCGUCGUUUCCACCAGGGACGCACCCUGAAGUGAUUAGGGCUUUUCAGAUGGUGGAUAGGGAUCAGAGUGGCUUCAUCGAUGAGAAGGAGUUGCAGCAGGUUCUUACCUCCGGGUUUCAGAAAUUCAACAUUGGGACUAUUCGUCUCCUCAUGUUUCUCUUCAAGCACCCAAAUGAGCCUCUCAGAGUUGGUCCUAAGGAAUUUGCAGCACUCUGGAAUUGCCUUGGACAUUGGCGAGGCAUAUUUGAGAGAUAUGAUAAAGAUAGGAGUGGGAAAAUUGAUCCAUUAGAGCUAAGAGAUGCUCUAUAUGGUAUUGGCUAUGCUGUACCAGGCUCGGUUCUACAACUUCUGCUUUCAAAGUAUAGUGAUGGAACUGGUCGGCGGGUUGAACUUGGUUUUGACAGUUUUGUCGAGUGUGGGAUGAUUAUCAAGGGUCUGACUGACAAAUUCAAGGAGAAGGACACGCGUUAUACCGGUUCGGCUACACUUUCAUACGACGCCUUUAUGUCUAUGGUCAUUCCUUUCCUUGUAUCUUAUGACUGAGAAGUGGUGCACAUAGUCGAGGUCUCUUGCUUCUUUGUUGUGGCAUUCAAUUGAUUGUUUGAUUGUUUUUGAGGUUUAGCUAUCACGAAAGUUUUUAGGUGCAGGAGUAGUUGUAGAAAAGAAUAAUAAUAAUAAGAGGGUUGGGUUUGUAUGUACUAUAUACUGUGUCGAGUAUUUUUUUUUUAGUGUGAUUGGUAAGAGUAGUGUGUACGGAAGAGUGUCUGAGUGUGUUUGUAUUACUUCAAAAAUCAUAUUUAUUAAUUAUUCUUCUCGGAUUGUAGAAUA